AUGACCUCGCUCCUCUCGCUCGACGUCCACGUCCACCCGCUCGACGCCGUGCGCGUCGCCCGCACCCUCGCGCUCUCGACGAUCGGCGGCCGGACGCUGCUCGUGCUCACGGCGCAGCCGUCCAAGGACCAGCCCGUACCGCCGAUGCUCGACGCGUACGACCUCGGCGACUGCACACGCGCCGACGUCGUGGCACCGACGCCGAUUGCACCGACGCUGCUGGACCUUGGCUUUGCGACCGGCCGCCGACUCCUGCUCGACUGCUACUCGACGAACGCGCAAAUGGACUUGCUCGAAGCGCUGCGCCCGCUCGUGGGCGACCGCGCACCGCCCAGCGGCCCCGUGUGGCGCCAACUCCUCUCGGCGACCAAGAUCAACGCGGCUGCGUUGCCGCCGGUAACGCACUUGCCGUCCAUCGCCGACGUCCAAGCGCACGUCCGUGGCAUGAAGCGCAUGUACGACGUCCUCCAAGCGAUUCCGUCGGCGCCGGCGCUCUACGAGACGCUCUUGGACCUCGAGGCCGCGUACGUGGCCGACCACGCGUCUCUUAAGACGGCGCCCGACAACUUUUGCCACACGGUGUACCAGCUGCACCCGCUAGCGUUCGCCCUCGGGACCAACGCGCCUCGGCCAUCCAAAUCGUCGCUCAAGACGAUCGCGGGUGUGUGCCCCUACUGCCACGCCGAGCUGCCGCGCUGCACGAAAGACAGCAUGUACCUCCAGCAGUGCGACAUUCGGUGCGCGUGCUGCCACGAGCCCUUUGGGCCAGAGACGUACUACAAGACUGCGCACGGCACGACGGCCUUCAACGUGCCACUGCGCCAGACGCUGAGCGCGUGCCCGCACAAGACAUGUCGACACCCGAUUGCCGCGGACGCGCAGUUCCGACUGCACAUCCUCGGCGACCGCAUUGCCUGCGUCAAGUGCAAGAACGAGCUCGCGUACGAGACGUUCCAGAUCGCCGUCUUUAUCCAAGAGCACCCGACGUUCGAGCUGCUCACCAACAAGAAGCGGGCGCACGUGACGCUGCGCAUCCAGGCGCCGGGGAUUCCGACCGACGGCACGUGGGCGACGUUCAUCACGGAGGUCCAAGCGCGCAUCGCGGCCGUGGCCGACACGGCGUGCAAGGACGGCGUGUACUUUUUCCGGCAGCUCAUCCACCGCGCGCUUGUGCUCGUGCAGGCCAACGCGGUCGGCGCCUUCUCGAUCGACCUCGUCCAGGCCAUGUACCGCCAGCUCGACUUUGUGCAAAAGGUGUGCCCCAACGUCGAGUACUGGCUCAACGACGACGUGCUUGCAUCGAGCCUCGUCCGGUACCGGCAGUUCAUCGAGGCCGUGCGCACCAAGAAGGCCGGCGAGAUGCUCGUGCCGACGAUCGAGAUUGACCUGGCGUGGCACACGCACAUGACGAUGCAGCAGGAGUACAUUCGGUGCAGCUCGAAAGCACUGGGCUUUGUCAUGGACCACGACGACACGGUGGCGGGCCCGUCGCUCACCAACGCAUUUGCGGCGACGCGCGCGCUCUGGUCGUCGACGCACGGCGCCGCGUAUUCGCCGUACAACACCAGAGACUUUGGCCUCUUUGCGGCCAAAGACGUUCGCUUUGCCCACGCACUGAGCCACGUGCCCGACAAUACGACGGUCGUCCUCGCGCUAAUUGGGACGCCCGUGUUUGACCACCGGACGCGCGUCAACGGCUCGCAAUGCGACGCGCUCAUGCAGGCGAGCGGCAUCUACACGACCCAGGGCCCUGUCACGCAAGGCGACAAGAACGUUGACACGGGCUGCGCGCUCGGCGGCUGCGGCGAGACGGGCCUCAUGAAGCUCCUUGGGAUCAAGCACACGGUGCGAUAA